AAAAUUAAAACUACUUUAAAAAUUAUUAUUAUAGUAAUUUUUAAUUGACUAGUGAUAGUGGUUAUGCAUAGAAAAAAUGAAAGUCUUAUUAAUAAACUUUGGUUGUUAGCACAUGGAAAGUCACCAAGGGAGAAUAUAGAAAGAAAAAAAAACUCCAUAGCAGGUAUCUUGAAGUGAGAAUAUAAACAAAUCCAUUGUUCAACACUACAACUUGCAUCGGGGAACCUUGUCUCUCUGCCAUGGCCACCAAUACAACAACAGCUUCAUCCUCUGUUGUAUUUUCUCCCGAGAAACUGAAUUUCUGGCUGGACAACCCUUCUCCAAUUUCCUUGACUUGGGAUCAGGUGAAGCACUGCAGGGAAGCCCUCACCUCGUUGAAGGACAAGUUUGACCACACUCCUGAGAGUAUCACCCACGAGUUCAAACUCUUAGAGGCUAACAGGGCAGUAACAGAAAGUGAGACCGAUAAAAUAUGCGCCGUAGCUCUUGAUCGUGACAAUUUUAGCAAAAAUCGACACGACGUUUAUCCACUGGACAAGAACAGGAUAAUUCUGAAGUCAACACAUGGUUAUAUCAACGCAAGCCCUAUGUCGGUAUAAAUCUUAUUUUGUGUUUAUUAAUUUGAUUUUGUUGUCACACAAGGUCCACUUGAAGAAAGCUAUGGGGGGGAAAUGGUUGUCCAUAGCAUCACUGUCUAUUAACUUGAUUGAGUUGUGCAACGAAGGAUGGAACUAGAGAUGUUGGUAAAAAUAUCUCUAUUAUCGGGAAAGGGGUGAAAACUACUUUGACUUCACCGCUGGUAUUGACCCAUCUCCCAUAGAGAUCAG